AUGACUCUACCCGUCGACUUCUGUGGCUUCUGGAGCCGGGUUGCCGGGCUUGAGAGAUUCAAGGCCCUUACAAAAGCCGAACAGAAAGAGACUUUUCUCGACGGAUACAUGCUCCCGCUCCGUCGUCUUUGUGCCAAGGAGAUGAGCCGGAGACAGAACUAUCGACGCUCACUUAAGCGCCUCGUGUGGGAGACGUGUCAAGUGUACUGGGAGUCUAUCAGCCGUGGCGACGAACCGUUCCCCUUCGCCUCGCUCCCACCAAAGGGGCCAUCCGACACUGGGCUCACAACAGCCCAGAGCAGGGUAAUCAUUGGAUGUUCUACCACCAGCCCCCAGGAGCUCAUCGACUACCUCCAGAACGUCAGACAGGUGCCGCAGCCAGAACCUGACCCCGUCCUACAGCCGAGUUGCAAGUCCGCUCCAGUGGUUUCCCGCUCAUCCUCUCUGCAAAGGCCAGAGCGAGAAGCAUCGUCAGCACAUUCCCCGCAGCCCAGCCGCCAGCUCAACCACGAAAGGAGCUCUUCCAACACGUCGGAAAACCACCAUUCUGAACAGCUUCGUGAACAAGCCACCGGAAGCCCAGAACAGGAUACAAAUGACGCCGAAAACGCGCCCGACGCUGGCUCAGAAUCAGACCUAGAUCAGGGCGUCGAACUGGGUCUGGAAGAUGAGGUCUUGCCCGAGCCUCCUCGCACCUUCGGUCCCGCCGACCUCGCGGAUCUCGACCAUUGGGCCUACGCUAUUCCGGGAUCCUCUCCCACGCUUUACCAAGAAGCUCCCAAGCUCCCAACGUGCGGUCCCUGGGAGGUUCCACUCCCGCCAACCAUGGAUCCCCAAGUACAUGUCCAACCCAGUCAGCUUUCCCUUCAACCCCUUCUCGGCGGUGUUCGCAUCCAGAUCAUCCAGUCGCCGCCUCGCCUGAAGGUAGAGUCGAGUGGGGUCCAGCGAGCUGCCAUGCUGAGGGACAGCACCAAGCAAGUAGAGAGCGACUACACAGCUCUACGAUGGCAGGCGUAUCGUCACCUGCUGGCCUGGGCUGAACACCUCAAGUCGCACGCUGAACUGCCGGCGGAACGACCCAUGGAUCUGCUCGCAUUCGUCAGGAUGAGAGUGCAGAAGGAGACCGAAUCCAUACGGAGAAUCGUGGCAGAACGAAUCGAGAACCGCGUCAAGGGGGGCAACAUCAUGUUCCCGGGGCGAAGUUACCAAAUGCCUGAGAUCAAAAUGAAGGCGUCGCCGUCUGAAGGGACGCGCAAGAUGUCCAUGAAGGGGGAGCCCAAGUUGGGUGAGAAUGGGGGGCCACCAGCCAAGCGAAAACACGGGAAUGAUUCCACCUCUGAUGACGAAGACGAUGAGUAUGAAACGGAGGGCGAAGACAAGCAAGACAUAAGAACUCAGACAAAGACAAAUCGAAAGCGACAGAGGCGGACGGCACCAAGCUUGGUCAUUAACUUGAGCAGCAGCCCAGAGCACGACGUCCUGAAGCGGGAGGACAGUCCUGUCGUCGUUGACCUGGAGUGA